AUGAAGCUCAACGUGGCUUACCCGGCGACCGGCUGCCAGAAACUGAUCGAGAUCGACGACGAGCACCGAGUGCGUCCGUUCUAUGACAAGAGGAUAUCUGCAGAGGUGGCUGCGGACUUUCUGGGAGACGAGUGGAAGGGGUAUGUGGUUAGGAUAUCAGGCGGCAAUGAUAAGCAGGGGUUCCCCAUGAAACAAGGGGUCCUCACUGCGGGGAGAGUGAAGCUCCUCCUCUCGAAGGGCCACUCGUGUUUCCGGCCGCGACGCAAGGGACAGCGGAGACGCAAGUCUGUCCAUGGCUGCAUCGUAGACGGGAGUCUGAGUGUUCUCAAUCUUGUCAUCAUCAAGAAAGGCGAACAGGACAUUCCAGGCCUCACUACUGACACAGUUCCACGCCGUCUGGGACCAAAGAGAGUCGGGAAGAUCAGGAAACUCUACAACUUGAGCAAGGAAGAUGAUGUCCGACAGUACGUCAUUCGUAGGCCACUCCCCCUCAAGGAGGGGAAACCCCAGAGAUACAAGGCCCCUAAAAUUCAGCGACUGAUCACUCCCGUUCGACUCCAGCGCAAGCGUCACUUGCUCGCCCUAAAGAGGAAGUGGGGGGAGAAGUCGCGAGCAGAGGCCGCGGAGUACGCCAGGUUGCUGGCGAGGAGGGCAAAGGAGGCACGCGACCAGCGAGUUGCCAAGAGAAGACUGUCCAGCAAAAAAUCGUCCACCUCCAGCAUGUGAUGAUUGGGAGGUGUGGCUUGUUGCUAGGGGGUGUGUCUGGACGCUGUAUAGAGACAUCUGUACAUAUUGGUUUAUGGGAUUAAUUUUUGUGA